CGGCCAGGGCGCCUGGCCAUGCCGGCACCUGGACGUGUUCCAGCGGGUCCCAGGGAGCUGGCAGGCCGGGGUAGGGGCAGCGGCUGGCACUGUGACUGGACUGCACUCCCGCCGCUGGAUACAGAGCCUUUGGGCCUCUCCCAAGACCACCGGGGCCUGCAGGACGGGGUUCCGCGUCGCACACCUGAGUGGAAGUAGUCCUAGGCCCCUCAAGUGCGGGCCCCUGAAAGCCCAGGUCUCAACCGUGGAAGAGCUUCUCCGAAGGGGCCUCCAGAUGAGUGAAGCCUCAGGGCUGCUGGGAACAGCCGGAGUCCCCCUGGUGUCCCUGACCUGGCCGCAGCCCAGUCCCCUGCCGGCCAUGCCCAUGCUGCUGGACGGGCCACAGAUGGACGUCGUGGGGAAUGGCUCCCAGGCGACUGCCCAGCUCUUUCUCACCACCGCGCUGGCCCGAGGUGUCUCGGGCAUCUUCGUGUGGGCUGCCCUGCUGCUCACCUGCCACCAGGGCGCCUGGGUGGCAGGGUGGCAGGGGCAGCCGACCCCCGACCCUGCCGCUCCGGCCCAGAUCUACCUGCACCUGCGCUCCUACACGGUCCCCCAGGAGCAGCGCUACAUCAUCCGCCUGCUGCUCAUGGUGCCCAUCUAUGCCUUCGACUCCUGGCUCAGCCUCCUGCUCCUGGGAGGCCACGAGUACUACGUCUACUUCGACUCCGUGCGUGACUGCUAUGAAGCCUUUGCCAUUUAUAGCUUCCUGAGCCUCUGCUUCCAGUACCUGGGGGGCGAAAGUGCCAUCAUGGCCGAGAUCCGGGGCAAGCCCAUCAAGUCCAGCUGUGUCUACGGCACCUGCUGCUUGAGGGGCAUGUCCUACUCCAUCGGAUUCCUGCGCUUUUGCAAGCAGGUAAGUGGGACCGACUCGUGGGCUCCUCCGCCCCCUCCCCACCCCCUGGCCACCCAGCAGGAGCGACGGCCAGGCUUGGGUCCGCCCUACCCUUGUGCUGGGGGCAAGCUCACGGCCAGCUGCUGUCCCCCACGGGUGCCCCGGUGCCCGCCCCAGGCCACGCUGCAGUUCUGCAUGGUGAAGCCCAUCAUGGCCGUGGUGACCAUCAUCCUCCAAGCAUUCGGCAGAUACCGUGACGGGGACUUCAGCGUCCACAGCGGCUACCUGUACGUGGCGCUGGUCUACAACGCCUCCGUCAGCCUGGCCCUCUACGCGCUGUUCCUCUUCUACUCCGCCACCCGGGAGCUGCUGCGGCCCUUCGAGCCCGUCCUCAAGUUCCUCACCGUCAAGGCCGUCAUCUUCCUCUCCUUCUGGCAGGGGAUGCUGCUGGCCAUACUAGAGAGGUGUGGAGCUAUCCCUGAGGUCGAGGCCAUGGAUGGCACCAGGGUGGGGGCUGGCACGCUGGCUGCCGGCUACCAGAACUUCCUCAUCUGCAUCGAGAUGCUCUUCGCCUCCCUCGCGCUGCGCUACGCCUUCACCUGCCAGGUGUACUCAGAGAAGAAGGACUCACCAGGUCCCCCAGCACCCAUGCAGAGCAUCUCCAGUGGCCUCAAGGAGACCAUCAGCCCCCAGGACAUCGUGCAGGAUGCGAUCCACAACUUCUCCCCUGCUUACCAGCAGUACACACAGCAGGCCACCCAGGAGGCCCCAGGGCCUGGCCAAGGCAGACACCCCUCGCCUGGCACCCAGCCCAGCUCCACUAGUGGCUCUGACAGGGGUAGGAGGAGCCAAAACCUGGAGAAGCGCAUGCUGAUCCCUUCAGAAGACCUGUAGGGAACUCAGGGUGUCCAGUGCCUGGCUGGGGACCCAGGCUGCCCAGGCCUCUGGAAAGGACAGGCCCCCUACCCACCAACCCUCUUGCCAAAGGUGCAGCCUUCACACUCAUGCCAAGGCUCAGGGUGAGGGGUGGGCCCACUUCCCUGGGAGAAGACACCUGAACAAAUUGGACAAGCCUGAGGACCCACUGGCAUGACCUGGACAUCACCUGCAGGGCGGCCCACGUGGGGCAGGGUGCUAAUGUGACCACUGGGGCUUUGGCUACAGGGGCCCCAGGGGAGCUACAUGUUGGCUGCUCCUUCGACGUGACAGGUAGAUAGAUGGAUGGUCAGACCCCAGGCCAGGCAGCUGCAGGAAGGGAUGGCCAGGGGACGGCUGGGCAGCCUGGGCUAGCAGAGGAGACAGGCACUGAGGGCCUGUGCCUGCUGUGGCACGUGAAGAAGGCUCAUGCUGCUCCACCCACUCCAGUCAUUGGGAGCUUCGAGGUCCCCAUCCUGGGGCCCUCUGGCCAUGUAUGGAACCACCAGGACUUACCAGUGACUAGCUGCUUCCCAGUGAAUCGCCCUUAUUUAUAGAUAAAUGCCUUGGAUUUUUAAUGGCUUGUUUACCUUCUGUUCCUGCAGAGUCAGUACCCAGAGUCACAAACCACAGAGGGGUGGUCUACCAAGGCCCAUUGUUCUGAGCUGAGUGUCAGGAAGGGUCUCAGUCCUCUUCCCUGCCCGGGUGGCCGCCCAAGGCGUUACUCAGCACUGCAGGCCCCUGAGCGCGGAUUCUGAGACGGGACCUGGUUUCUAGGGAGCCAGAGCAGCCCCCUCCCUCUGAGCCUUGCUUUCCUCAUAAAAUGGAGCUUCCGCAGGCCCCACCCUGCAACCGCCCAGAGUACCUGGGAGCUGGACUCAGACCUGGGAGCUGUCCUCUCCUCUUCCUCUUUCCCACAUGCCCAGUACCCAGAAAGCUGAGCCUGACAGGCCCUGCCUCAGAGCUGGAGGGCCCAGUGGCCUUGGAAACAUGGGAGAGAGCAAAGGGGAUGGGGGGGGACCUCCUGGAGGGCCCGCCCUGGACCCUGGCCCGAGGGGCAUCUUCUCAUGAGGCAUCCCAAGCAGAGGGGACUCCCAGGGGCAAAAGUCUGGGUCCUGCAGUUCUGGUGGGCAAAGCCUAGGGGGCUUGGGAGAGGUGUGGGGAUCCAGGCCUGGCUGGCCAGGCAGACUCACCAGACGGGAAAGAUUGGCAGGCACCACCCAGACGCCACAGCUCCUGUCCACCCACCCGGCUGCCCACUCCCACAGUCACGGGAAGAAGAGGGCAGCAUGCCCAGGAUCUUGGCAAUCAGCUGGGCUGAGCAGUGUGAGAGUCAAGGGCCACUCCCCUGCCUUCUUGCUCCCUGGGCCUAGGAACAGGGGAACUCAAGGCCAGUGGCUUCUGGGCUCAGCGGGACUGCAGAUAAGAUAGGCCAGGCUCCUCCUUGCACCCGGCUGGAAAGAACCACCCACACCCCGCCACCUUAUCAUGCCUCUGCAGCUGCCAGACCCACCGGGAGGCUCCCCACAUUCCGCUCCAUCAGCAGGAUUGGGAGGGGGCGUCUCUGCUCUCCCCAGAGACCUGCUGACCAAAGAGACCGUGGGCAAGCUUGAUGCCAGGCUCGGCAGAUGACCAAUGGGGCGGUCUAGUGCCUGGUCACCAGUGGGCUGGCUCGCUCCAGCCCUGCCCUGGAGAGGCCAUCCUCUGGGUCUGAGGUACCUAGAGCCAUGUGCAGAGAGCAAGUGGGCAAGGCUCCCCUCCUGCAAGCCCAGAGCCUACACAGACUAAACCUUGCGACAGCCGGGGAAGGGGAGUAAGCCCAGAGAGGUCCAGCAAGUUACCUGAGGUCACAGCUGGCAGGGGAUAACUGCACACAGAUCCACUCUCCACCUGCCACCUGCUCCUCCACCUGCAGACGGGCCCCUUUUCUUUCUAAGACAGCAAAUAAAGCCGUGUGGGUUGAACAUGGCACCCCGACUCACACCACAUGCAGGUAGAACACUGCCACUGAGUGGCUUUAAAGGAGCCCCCAGGCUCAGCUCCACUCAUCUCUUGAGGGAAACAUGGGCACAUGAGGGAGGAGAGGUGGGUGGCUGAGUGGCUUCAGUCUCACUAGGGCUGAUGAAGAGGGGCGCCCCAGUUACAGCCCCCACAGGGGUAAAGGAAGUGGCUGCUUGGCAGGCAGAAACUGGCUUGCCUACCCAGCAUUAAGCAAAGUUACCUGACUUGCCUAGGCCUCAGUGUUCCCAUCUGUGAAAUGGCCCAGCUAAAAGUCACCAGGGACCCACGUGAGGGAAUGGAGGCCUGGCAUGGGCUGGGUGGCCUGGGGGUGGCUUUUCUGGGGAUCUGGUUUUGUGUGAGCUGGACUGCCUGGGGAUGGUCUCCUUUCUGAGAAAGGCUGGCCUGGUGUGGGCUGGGGGCAGUGUCUACUUUCACAGCUUCCCUCUCUGCCUACUGCCUCCAAGAGCCUGGGCCAGAAUUCCGGGCUCCGAGCUCAACUGCAGGCUUGCAGCCUCAGGGAACCCAGCUGGGGUCAGGGUCCCCAGGCACUACAACGAGGUCUGGCUUAGCUGGGGACGCCAUUGUUGCCUUCCUAGUAUCACCUCACUGUGGCCUCAGCAGAUAAAAACCCCACUGGGUCAGGCACACUCUGAAGUUCUAGUGUACACUCCCUGGUCAGCAGAGGCCACAGGAAGGUGGACUUGGGGGUUGGAGCCUCCCAGAAGCAGGACUCACUGCAAGGUUGACCCUCUUGAGGCUGCAGACUAGUGCUGCCCCAUUCGCCCCUCUAAGGAUGGCAAGGUUGGGGCUGCUCACCACGGAACAGGCCAGAGGAACAGCGUCUGCUCAGGACAGCCUGGCUGCCCUCGGCUUUUUGGAGCUACCUGCUCGCUUUAAGCCAGUGCGGCUUUACUCUGCUCUCAACAGACCCAGUCCCCCUCCAAACUUCCUGCAGGUUUAUCUUAGAGCCCACCCAGCAAAGCAGGGCAGCAGCCUGGCCUGUGAGGGUGUCUGCCCUACAGGGAAGGAAGCUCAGACCUCUGUGGCUCCUAGCUCUAGGUAGAGGUUGUGCUGACCACCAGAGGCUCUGGCCAGCGUGGGAUGGGGCACUCAGGAAUUCUACCUGCCAGCUAGCAAGUGAGCCAGGAGCAGAGGUAGAAGCUGCCAUCCCAGGGCUGCCCCUUGUUCAGAUCAUGGGCCCAGGUCCUAACGGGACUCCCCAGGGGAGAAAGGCAAGGAUAUGGGAAGGAGCACCUGCUCAGCCCACCCUAACAGCCCAGGGCACCAGGCCCUCGACCCAGAGUACCAGCUACGCACAAGGAUCUGAAACCAGGAGGUUCUUUAUUGCAAAGGUACAAAAGCAGUCAGAGCAGCGACGUGUACAGCAAUAAAUUAGGUGGUGGGCUGUGAGCUGGGGCGGGUGGGCACGGGCACAGAUGCGGGUCCACAGCUAUGAUCUCCUCUCAAUAAUUUAUAUCAGGGAAAAGCAGCAAAAAAAAAAAAAUAAAAUAAAUAUUGAAAUGGAACUGCAACUAGUAGGCCAGGACACGUGCGCGUGGCGUGUCGAGGGAGCGCCUGGCCACCUGGGAAAGACGGAGCUUGCCCUCUUUGGGAGGUCUGAGACGCGAGACAAACAAACCCACGACAAAGAGGUCCUUGUCUUUUUUCUUAAAUAAAAAAAAGUUCAUAUAUUAAAUCGUGA